AUAAGCUACCUGUCUUUAUGAGUGAUCCUUUCGACCACUUUUUUUUUUCAAGAUCACAAGCUUUCUUUUCUUCAAGCAAUGGAAGGGCACCUGGUUUGUGGUGCAACUCAAACAAUUGGUUUACUUGCAUUCAUUUACUUGCUUUACACACAAUCUUUUGGAUUCGACCCGGUUAAAUUUCACUCCGGCAGAAGAGACUUGGUGAAGAAUGCUACAAUGGAAGAAGUUGGUGGUUUAGAAGACAACUUGCAACCACUAUUCAAAUCAUUCAUAGGAGAUGGUGAUCUACAAAAGCUAGAAACCACCGGUUUCGCUUGCGAUUCUACCUUCUAUUCAAAAGUUUGUGUCGCAAAUAACCGCGUAAAGAUUGAUACCAAAACAAUGGAAAUAUAUAUGCCUACAAGAUUGAAUUCAACAAAUGACACCAAUACAUUGGAUAAAGAAGAAAAUUAUAAAGUUGUACAAGUUCGUCCAUAUGCAUGGUCACAAUUUGAUCUAUUGAAAACUGUAACUCCGGUCAAGUUCCUACAACAAUCACCACAAGCUUCGGCAAGAUAUUGUAACUACAACCAUACAGUUCCGGCAGUCAUUUUCUCUUCCGGAGGCUUCACCGGAAACCUAUUUCAUGAGUUCAAUGAGAUCAUAAUCCCAUUAUACAUCACUUCUCGCGUAUUUGAAUCACGAGUGCAGUUCAUUCUGGUUGAUUACAACCCUUCUUUAGUUAUGAAAUAUGAACGCAUUUUCUCCAGCUUAUCGCGGUACAAUGUGAUGAAUCCAGUGAUGAACACGAGUGUUCAUUGCUUUGAAGGAGCUGUGGUGGGUCUUAAAUUUCAUGGGUUUUUAGGUAUUAAUUCUUCUGAGCUUCCCAAAGGGAACUCCAUGAUCGAGUUUAAGAAAUUCCUCAGAUCAGCUUACAGUUUGAAGAUCACAAAUGUGUCGAAUACAGGUUCUACAGCACCGGUGUUGCUUCUUGUGUCUCGUCGGAAAACAAGAUCGUUUCUAAAUGAAGACGAACUAGUGGACAUGAUGGAAGAAUUAGGGUUCGAUGUUGUGGUGGUCAGGAGUCCCAAAAAGAUGUCAAAUUUGGAAAGAUUUGCAAAGCUAGUGAGCACGUGCAGUGUCCUUGUCGGAGCUCACGGUGCCGGACUAACAAACCAAGUGUUUUUGCCAACGGGAGCGGUGGUGGUGCAGGUGGUGCCACUAGGGUUAGAGUGGCCUUCUACGGUUUACUUUGGCGAACCGGCGGUCCGGAUGGGAUUGCAUUAUUUGGAUUACAAGAUUGGACCGGAUGAGAGUUCACUUAUUGACUUAUAUGCACAUGAUGACCCGGUUAUUUCGGAUCCAGGAUCCGUAUUUGCAAAAGGGUAUUAUAUUGGAAAGGAAAUGUAUUUGGAUAAGCAGAAUAUAAGGGUUGAUGUAAAUAGGUUUAAGGGUACUCUUGUUGAAGCGCUUAGAAUUCUUAAACUUACAUCUCCUUUAAGCACACGAUGAUGCUUUUAGAUGUUUAGUAAUUGUAAGAAAGAACUAAAUUGGUUGAUAAUGUAACGUUUACAUGCUAUAAAUUUGAUUUUAGUUUAUAAAAUUUCACGUUUAUUU